AUGACAGAAAAUGGUGCUUCACAAACAUCCGUUCCGUACGGUCGCUUCGAAAAUCUAAGCUCAACAGCCGAUUUGGGAAAUUACGAGCGGAAUGCGGAGGGACGUAAUCCAACGGUUGAGAUAAACGGAGAUCGCCACGCAAAAGGUUAUCGAAGCGUUGCUUCGUCCGUUGCCAUGGGUGCUGGGGAACCAGAGGCGACCAGUGCGGAGCAGGAAGAGCUCUUCGCGCAGUACCGUGACGAUCGGUCAGACCUUCCGGUGGCGCAGGAGGAUCAACAGAUGGACCGCAACAAGCGAAACGUAGAAAACCGCCCGUUGGAUCGCGGUGGGGCGUUUGGUCGCAGGCUUUUGCUUGUGAACGUGAUGGUGAACGGCCUAAUGUUUGCCGUCACUGGUUUCAUCACAUAUCACUGUUUCAACAAGGCGAUGGUAUUGUUUUCGUGGCAUCCAACUUUCAUGACGACCGGGUACCUUAUCCUGAUGUCGCAGGCGGUGCUGACCAUGUCCGGAGAAAACUAUUUCACCCAUCGGUUCACCUAUCGGACGAGGGUGUUCGCCCAUUGGAUUUUGCAGGCGGUUGCGGGCAUUCUGAUCACCAUCGCCGCCGUUUGUAUAUUUCUAAACAAAAUUCGCCUCGGCAAGUCCCACUUUAAAACGCUCCACGGCAUCUUCGGUCUGGUGACGGUCUGUGUUACGCUGGUAACGAUCUUGGGUGGUGUAACGACGAAGUACGCCUUCCAGCUUCGAUCGGUCGUGCGACCGAUCUACAGUAAAUUGAUGCACGGAAUUGCGGGGUCCGUCGCUUACCUACUCGGUAUGGUCACCAUCAGUUUGGGAGUGUAUUCGGUGUGGUUCCAAGAGGAUAAUGACGCCAACGUUCGCCUAAUGUUGGUGAUCGCGAUCGCUCUCAUUGCGCUCUACGUGAUCGUCACGCCGAUGCUCAAUACGGUGCAGCGAAUUAAAACGGCAGUCCGCACAACGAUUUGAAAGAGCAAUUUUUACAGAUUAACAACGCGCAAGCGAAACAUUCAAGUGUGAUAAGCGAAAUAAAACGAAACGAUUUUAUUCCACUUUCUCAUCCGACGUCUUUCGU